CUGAACAGUCAUCUGUGUUUCUUGGUUGAUUGUACCUGAGUGCUGCCGCGAUGCCAGAGUGAGUGCUGCCUUAUGGAAAUAAUGGAUUCUUGUUCUGUUUCUCUUGCGAUCAACUGACUUGUAGCGACUGGACUCAACCACAAUGGAGAACAACACCACAAUCUUUCAGGAUGUGUCCAGGGUUGUAAACCUGACAGAAAUGCCUCUGAACCCUCUUGAAGAGCAGGUCAUAACUAUAUUUUUGACAAUACUCAUCUGUGUAGUCGGGAUUGCUGGAAAUAUCAUGGUGGUGCUGGUUGUCCUGCGCACUAAACAUAUGGUGACCCCGACUAAUUGUUACCUUGUCAGCCUGGCUGUUGCAGACCUGAUCGUGCUCCUGGCUGCAGGGCUGCCCAAUAUCUCUGAUGUUAUAGCCUUCUGGAUAUACGGGUACACCGGAUGUUUGUGUAUAACUUAUCUUCAGUACCUGGGCAUCAACGUGUCGUCAUGCUCCAUCACAGCUUUUACCAUCGAACGCUACAUUGCGAUUUGUCACUCAAUAAAGGCACAGCUCAUAUGCACCGUUUCCCGGGCCAAGAGGAUCAUAGCAGGAGUCUGGAUCUUCACCUCACUCUACUGCAUUAUGUGGUUCUUUUUAGUCGACACCGAUGAAACGGUCUACACCAACGGCGUGGUGGUCACUUGUGGCUACCGCGUCUCCAGGAGCUUCUACAUGCCGAUCUAUUUUCUGGACUUCACUUUAUUCUACGUGAUCCCACUCACUGUGGCCACUGUGCUGUACGGACUCAUCGCCAGGAUUUUGUUCAUGAGCCCUCUGCCCUCACACCUGAGCGACAGGGCCGGAGGAGGGUCGGUUCACCACGGUCACUCCAACAGCACCAACAAGGCUAACAAGAGUGCGGUCUCUGCAAGGAAACAGAUAACAAAGAUGCUGGCUGUGGUGGUCAUCCUCUUCGCCUUGCUCUGGAUGCCUUACCGGACGCUGGUGGUGGUCAACUCCUUCAUCGACCCGCCUUACAACAACACCUGGUUCCUGCUCUUCUGCCGAAUGUGCAUCUACACCAACAGUGCCAUCAACCCCAUCAUUUACAACCUCAUGUCUCAGAAGUUUCGCGUUGCGUUCAAAAAGCUCUGCAAGUGCAAAAGGCAACAAAAGGAAAAGGCAGCAGAGUACAACAUACCAAUUUAUUACAGUGUGAUGAAGGAUUCAUCCCACGAGAGCAAUGACCAGGUCACCGAGCAGGACGAAAUUAGCAGCCAAACCACCAAGAGGUUAAAUGAGACAGAUGAUGACGCAAGCACUUUCAGCAUUUCUUAAUAAAGGCUUACUGUAGAUGAGUUUGUCUUAAAGCUUUAUGAGGACCGACGGUGAGUGUAUGAUAACUAUUUGUGGGGAAAAAAAGACAGCUAUUACCUUAGCUUCUUUUGCUGGUAAUAACUGAUACUGAGAUUUGUAGAUGUUCUCUUGUUUACUGACAGGUUGAAUUUGGAGAGUAGUAGUUGUCCUACUUUUGUAUCAGUGUUGUAACUGUGUUGUAAAUAUAGUAAGACUAGUACGAUGGUCCUUAUACUUGCAUCAUGUUUCUGUGUUAGGUUGUAUUUUCUCACAUAAUUAUUGUCUAGAGCAGGUGCUGGUUAUGCGAAACUGUGACCUUCUCAAAUCAUCAGUAUAAUGUGUCUCUUGAUUACAAGGACACUUGUGAUUUCCAUCUGCUCAGUUUAUGUUGUUUAUUGUGUGCGACACUCCUCCACAUCAUAGAUACACUCACUUGAUAUAUUCAUCCUGUUUGACAAGAAAACAAUAGCAGUAGCGACAAUAAGGGUCUAAACAUUGGUGGCAUUUGUUUCUAACUUGACCAUUCAAUGCUUCACCUCUACGUGCGUUAACCUAACAUUUUUUUCUUCGGGUGAACCUCAUCUUGGCUAAAACCAUAGUUGGUCAAACCCUAUUCUCACACAUUUUUAUUUAUUAAGCUUAAAGUUACAACAGCGGCUUGGCACUUAAUUUUAUCCUUUUAUAUAAAUACAUUGGCCAGGUGGACUGUUGGUUCAGUUCUUUGGUUGAAUUACCGAAACAGGUUGAAUGAAUUGUCGGGAAAUAUUCGACUGACAUUCAUGAUUUUGAGACGAUGUAGCCAACCAUUCAUGCAAUUGACUGAGAGUACUCACGGCUAAGAUUUCACUUUUAACGGAUUGCCCAUGAGCACACCAGUUAUUAUUAUCAUCAUAUUUAUGUGUUUGAACCAUGUAGUCCACGGUUUGAACUUUCAACCAAACAAGUGCAACAACAAUCACAAUGAUUUUGUUAACCGCAGUUAAUUAAACUUAGUAGGCUAGGCCUACUACGACUCCUUUACCCCCUACCUCCAAAACAAUGUCACUCCAAGUUGAAAUUAAAAGUUGGCAGCCCUGGCACACUGUCUCAACAUCUGGCAGUACUUUGUCUUUUAGGCUAAGUGUUAGGAGGCUAACAAGCUAAAAUAAGAUAGUAAACAAGUUGAACAUUAUACCAGCUAAACAUCUACAUGUUAGCAUUAGCAUGUAGCUUAAGGCAUCACUGCGGCUAACCUACAGCACAUAGCUGCUUGCAUGGCCAUAGACUCUUAAUGAUUUUAUAACAUCAUUAUCUUAUGGUUUGAUUGAAUAACUACCUAUUUUUUUAUUAUUUAAAAGCUGUAGGCUAGCAUGGUUUGAAUCUGAACGUCAGAACGGCUUACAACAACUAACAGUAGACGUGUCCCAGUUCAGCAUCUAAGGACCCAGCCUUCGUAGCCUUCGUAGAUGUGUUCAGACCGAUCCAAAAUGAGACAUUCCAUUCUCCUGUUUGCAUCACCAGCUGUUCAGGCUGUUACCAUGUCAUUACUAAGAGCCACGCCUAGCAACCUUGACAGCUGCACCAGAACUAGCUAUCAUAACCAACUUCACAUAACUAAACCUAUCAUUUAAGAGAUUAAAGUUUCAAGAUUAUUCUUGUUUACAACAUUAGAUUUUAGGUUUUCCAUUGAGUUGAAACUAAGUACUUAGAUUUAAAAGUGUUAUCAUCACCGGCUUGAAAGCCUGCCAUUUCAAUUUAAUUGGCGCAGUAUGUUGAAAAGCGACACGCAUUUGCAAGGAAAAUUUCAAGGAAUGGGACAGGCUUCAUAACGCAGCUGUGAUGUAAUCGGUCUUUAAAUGUGCCCCUCAAGGACUACGUUCCUGAAUUGAGAAACAACUCACAUAACGUUGAAGCAUCUGCACAACCAGGGUUCACCUUCAUAGGGAUUUAAAGCAUUUUCUCUGACCUGUGUGGGCAUGUAGAGACUGCUUUUUUACGACAUGUCCCUCACACAGGUGUUUGUUGCACCUCUAGAAUAGUUUACACCUUGAGUUAUUAGGGUUGUCUUUAUGUAAGCCCAACAACAGCUCUACCUAUUUUUGCUUCAUAUACCACUCACGUCCUCUUUGUAUGAGGGAUCAUAUCAUUGCAUGUUCAGUCUGCCAACCUGCAUGGAGGUAGGUAAAGAAUGUGACUGCAAACUAUCCAGUCACAAUUUAAAACACUGAACAACCCAGAAAAAGAAAAUAAGACUUGUCAUUUAAAGCCUCUGCAGACAUGCAACAAACCUGACACAAGGUGCAUCGGGGGGAAAUAUUGUGAUAGUAAUGGUUGCCAACAAGUUUGCUGUCCCCCUUUUUUCAUUACUGCCAUUUUGUGCUUUCGUCAGCCUUACUGCAUGUCUCAUAUCAGUACCUCAAGACUCAUGUUUGAAUCCCUUUUUACUGUCUCUUUAAUGUAUUUAUCUAUUCUGUAUAUUGUUCACGUGUGUGCCAAGAUGGACUUAGGUUUUAAGAUUUUUCUGUAAACAUGCUUUGUAGUUUCCUGUGGACUGUGGAAUAACCUUUUAUAGCCUGAUAAUAAUGUAUGCUUUCUCUGUAUUUAUGAAGUGUUUGUGUUCUAAAUUAAAAAAAACA